GUGUGGCUCAUAAAUGGUAUAAAACAGAGUCAUCUUCACAUUAUGCCAAAACAUUUUUCCAGCUGCACCUAAAACAGAAGGCAGAAGUCUAGUUUUAUAAAGGAAAAUGGAGGAACAACAGUGUUCUGUAGUUCAACAGAUGCUACAAGCGGCCCAGCAUACACAGGAGAGUUGUGCUGAAGUGAAAGGAGUGCAGGGAGGAUCAGAUUUCAAACCUCGUCCCAGGUUUAACCCUACAGAAGAUGUAAACGCUUUGGAGAAGGCUAUCACUGGAAAGGAAGUCGAUACAGGAUCUAUUAUCGAUAUCUUGACUAAGAGAACCAAUGAACAGCGUCAAGAGAUUAAAGCAGCUUACCUAAAGAAAACAGGAAAGACUUUAGAAGAAGCUCUAAAGAAGUCUCUCAGUGCUAAACUAGCAUCUGUGAUAUUGGAUAUGUUGAAAACUCCAGAGGAGUUAGAUGCUAGCAAGAUAAAAGCAGCAACAAAGGGUCUUGGGACAGAUGAAGAUACACUCAUUGAAAUUUUUGUAACAAGACCUAAUCAACAAAUCAGAAAGAUUAAGGAAGUCUACAAAGCAGCUUAUAAAACUGAUCUUGAAAAGGAUAUCACUGAUGAUACAUCUGGAGAUUUUCGGACAGCGUUGUUGGUCCUCUCGAAGGGGGUACGCAGUGAAGACUGCUUUGUUAAUGAAGAUCUGGCUGAUAAAGAUGCAAAGGCACUAUUUGAAGCAGGAGAAAAUAAGAAAAAGGCUGAUGCGUCUAAAUUCAUAGAAGUUUUGACUGAGAGAAGCUUUCCACAUUUACAUCAAGUGUUUAAAAACUAUGCAAAGUACAGCAAACAUGACCUUAACACGGCACUGGAUUUGCAGCUGAAAGGAGAUAUUGAGAAUUGUUUGGUGGCUAUUGUGAAAGUUGCUGUAGGCAGACCAGCAUACUUUGCUGAAAAGUUGAGCAAUGCAUUGAAGAGCUGGAAAACUCAAGAUAAAAUAGUCAACAGGAUAAUAGUUUCACUGCAUGAAAUCGAUGUGGGCACCAUCAGUGCAGCUGCUGCAGACGGAUCCAAACCCAUUCAACUUGAAUGGGUCGAUGAUCUGUCUGCACUACUCUGUAGUGCUUCCGUGGGGUUCCGUGCCUUUGUUUCGCACCGCACCUUACGGAUUGCGGACCCAUUCAAGUGACUGGGUCCACAUCCGUGAUACUGAUCACAAACGGCCGGUGCCCCGCAAUUUGGGCACGGCCAGGCAACGGCCAUGUGCAUGAGCCCUUAGAAGUCUGACAGGCUGGUAAUGUCUGUUCUUCUUCUAUUGAGCUUCCCCAGGUGGCUCCAAUUUAGCUUCCCCAGGUUGCUCCGAAUGAGCCUAAUUAGCCCAAAACAUGGGUGAAGUAGAUGCUGGUGGAGUUUUGAACCCACUCUUCUCUCUGUCAACUCCGGCAAAGCAGGCCCUUUUUCAGUUUUUUUUUUACCAAACUACAAGUAGAGAAAAUCUCCAGAUUUGCCAGUGUGACAAUGUGCAAUGUGCUACUCCAACUUUUUAUAUUCUUUGAAAUAAUAACUUAAGAACAAUAAUUU